UAGGGCUUAGCGAGGGGGCGGCAGCGGGGCGAGUCCCGCGGGGCCGCGCGCAGCAUCCGGCCGGUCGCCUGGCAGCCGAGGCGGCGUCUGCUGGGCGGGGAGCGAGUGGGGGGAGACGGCAGCCUUGCAGAGCCGGGGGUCGGAGCGAGGCGGCUUCGCGGGGAUCCGGGCUGAGGCUUCCUCCUCCCCCUGAGACCCCCCCUCCUCCUCCUCCGCCUCUGGCGGGCCGGUGGGCGCCGCAUGGCCAAGCCGGGGGGUCCCGAGGGGGAGCCCGCCCACGCCGCCCUGGACCAGGAGAAGUACGACGCGGAGGAGAACGUCAAGAUCAUCUGCCUGGGCGACAGCGCGGUGGGCAAGUCCAAAUUGAUGGAACGCUUCCUCAUGGAGGGGUUCAAACCCCAGCAGCUCUCGACCUUUGCCCUGACCCUCUACAAGCACACGGCCACCGUGGACGGCAAGACGGUCCUUGUGGACUUCUGGGACACGGCCGGCCAGGAGCGUUUCCAGAGCAUGCAUGCGUCCUACUAUCACAAGGCCCAUGCUUGCAUCAUGGUCUUUGAUGUCCAGAGGAAGGUCACCUACAAGAACCUGGCCAACUGGUAUAAGGAGCUGCGUGAAUUCCGGCCUCAGAUCCCUUGCAUUGUUGUGGCCAACAAGAUCGAUGCCGACCUGAAGGCCACCCAGAAAAGUUUCAGCUUCCCCAAGAAGCUCAACCUGCCCCUCUACUUCGUCUCUGCGGCCGAUGGCACCAACGUUGUGAAGCUCUUCAGCGAUGCCAUCAAGCUGGCUGUGGCCUACAAGGAGAACUCCGGGGACUUCAUGGACGAAGUGCUGAAGGAGCUGGAGAAUUUUGAGCUGGAGGCGAAGGAGGAGGGGGAGCAGGAGGAGGACUCCCCCACUGAGGAGGCCAGUCAAGGGGAGCCUUCGUCCGUCCAGCUGAGCCCCGGGAACGAGUAACCGUGGCCUGCCUGCGCCUGGACGGAGACUGCGGGCAGCCCUCCCUGCUCAGCGGAGGCCACCAGGGACCUCCGAGAAGGCCAGCAGGGGGAGGUCAGCUCUGCUGCCCUGGGAGGAGGAGGAGGAAGCCAAAGGACCAGGCUUCCUAGCCCAGAGAAGAGGGGCUGCCGGCUCUGGUAGAGACCUUGGGCUGCCCAGGCCCCCAUUCCACUUCUAGAAGGACCCUGAGUCUACGUUGUUGAUGUUGUUGUUGUUGCAAAGAUUCCACCUGGAGAAAUAAAUUUUGGAAGUCUGGAAA